GGAGGAAACAGCGGUCGCGAGGGAUCGUUGAAUCGCCGAACGGAAACACCGCGCUGCAACGAACGAGCCCCGGCCCCGGAAACGCGGGCGAAGAAGGCGAGGAUGGCAAUACGGCGAGAGUGAAAACCACGGAAACUCGGAAGGGAAUAUUUCGAUGCGGAUUUACUGGAUUUCGAGUGAAAAGCGGAAGGGAGAGAAGACGAAAGGAAAUUCUCUCGCUAAUUUCCACCCGCCGUGCACAGCUUUGAGCGGAGAGAAAGUCAGCUUGUGAUGCAGUGUUUCUUCAGUCGGGAAUUAUCGGGUCGUAUCUUGUGAGGAGAUUGGCAUUCUCAUCCUGCGUCGCGAGACACUUUGGAUUAGAACGAGAAGAGGAAAAAAAACGCGCUGGAAGGAAAACAGAACGGACGUGUUGGAAAAAUUGCUCUUUCAUCCUCAGGGUAUCAGACUAUCCGUUUCCUGCGAGUUCCUGCGAUUCGGGGGAAACUAAUGACGCGCGCCGAGUAAUUCAGAGGACCAAUUCCGUAUAGAAAAUCAACUGUUCGCGCGUAUCGAAGCGCUCGCGAAGCCGUUACGCUUACGGAAUCGUCAAGGGAGCAACGGCACAUGCCCGUCGACUGUGGAGAUCUCGUGCGUUCGGCGCGAUACAGAAGACUCGACAGAACGGCGGACAGUCAUUUUCUAAGCGCAUCCUAAUUUCGAAAGCCAACCGAGAUCUUUCUCUUUUAUACACCGCCCUAAUUAACUCGUCGCCGUCGGUGUGAAUCCGAGAUCGUCGCGAUGAGGCUAUUGUCGUCGAGACGCGCGCGUCCUAGAUCAGCGGUCGCAUCGAGCGUCAACGAGACGCGAUAUCACCUGGUGGACCAGCCGGGCGAGUGAGCGCAAUCGCAUUCCCUCGCGAAGUCGGAGCGACGGAAAUCUCGCGCGUCUUCUUUCCGCGGUUACGCAUGUUACUGCCGGAGAAAGCGAAGGACAACGAAAUCGCGGAGGUGAAACGGACGUGAAGAGAGGGAGACAAGCUAGAUGAGUGGAACGCGUAGAAGUACGUGUAAGUACGUCUCGCGGAUGGCACACAGGCGGCAGGUAUGAGACCGGCGUCGUGAAAAAACAUGUAAAUUUUCCACCCGUGAAUACAACGAAAGCAAUACUACAAACAAGGUAAUCUCGAGGAACAAAGCAAAGGCAAGCCGCACACCGCUUUCCGCCAAUCCAUCCCCCUCCCGACAACUCUCGCACUUGUAAUCGCGCUUAAGAAGAAGAAUUUCCCCCCCGCCCCUCCACCCCUUUCAAAAGAAAAACAAGAACCGACAUCGCACACGUUCCCUCGUUCGAGACUCGAUCGAGACACGAUCGAAGCUCCUCCCAGCGCUCGCUUCACUUGAGAGAUAUUUUAAUAUGAAUGUAUACACGUAUAUAUAUAGACAUCGUUGAUCGUCACCCACUCUCAUCCCUGUAUAUAUAAUUAUACAAAUAUAUACGUUUACACAGAAUCCUAUUGAAUAAUCGUGCAACGACGUCUAGGGUUAAACGGCGAUAUAUCGCCGGGAUAGCUGAGCUGAUCGCGAGCGUUUCAUCUUCCCUGAGGAGAAUCGUCCCCCGCUCAUUCUUGCUGCAGGGAGAAUUAUCUAAUUAGAGCAGUCCGCUGUCGAUAGAUCAACACGAGACGACCAUGUCGCGUCUGAGAAUACCUGAGAGGGAGCGCGCAGAUGGGGCGAACAGUUGGAGCAUCGAUUGAGAAAUUGAUCGACGUCGUGUUCCUGGUGGCCUCCGCGGAGACCACCAGGAAGAUAAAUCCAGCGUUUCCGCUCGCGCUGCAGGACGAUUGACGACGCACGUUGAGCCGCACACAUUUCUAUCGCGCGCAUAAAACUCGCCGAGAAAGAGCAGAGCUUCUUCGCGAAGGGAGACUCGUUUCGCGCGACACGCGGAUCGAUAGCCUUCGAUCCGGGAGCAAGAACUCGCGAUAAAAUAUCGCCGUCACGCCGAGGGACCGAGGAAGGAGGCAGGGAAAAGGAUACUCAAGACUCAAGAGGGUUGUUUACUCGCGCGGUUGUUUGGUGAUCUUAGAGCGAUAUUUCGAUAUUAAUCCCGGUGGGAGGAAACGACGAUCAAGGCAAGAUGCCGCGGUGCUACAUGGUAAAGAAGGCUCUGUGCAACAAGUACAUAACCAGCGUUGCCAGAGGAUUCGAAAGCUGGGGUCGCGGAAGGAGCACGCCGUCGCCGACCACCAUACCGCUGCCCGUCUCGCCCGUCGAAGGGUGCGUCGCACCCCCUGUUGCACAAGAAUGUCUCAACACGCAACCGAGGGACUCGACGGCCGUCACGGCUCCCGCUGCGCCCGACGCGGAGCCCCCGAAGGGGCAAUCGGGCGAUGCGAGUGUCGCGACGACCGCAACAACGACGGCGUCAACGUCAUCGUCGAUAUCAUCGGUCAGCGCGACAGCACCCGCGGCAACAACGGACUACUCGAUGACGACGAGGGUGGAGAGGACCACCGUGAUCGCGUGCACCACGACGGCGUCACCGACCAUCGCACCCUCCACAGAAUCGAUCGUCUCGCCCGCCAAGGAGACGGCGACGACGGCGGCCGCCUCGCCUCCGUCGGGCGUGCGAACGGCCUCCGACAGAUCCGCGGAGAUCGCGACGUCUAUCGCGACGUUGCACGCCCCGUCGACCGGCGAACCGUCCCCGCCGUCCGGCGCGUCGACGCUCUACCGCCUGGAGGACACGUCGGAGCAGUCGAGAACGUCCGACGCCAAGACGAUACGACUGUCGCCCGCGUCGUCCUGCGUCGUGCCCGUGCCCGUGUUUUCGUCCAUGUUUAAGGACCGCUCCGCGGCGGAAACAGAGGCGGCGCACGAUCUUCUGGAGCUGUCCCGGUCGCUGCCGCCGUUACCGCCGCCGAGCGUCGUCGCUAUCGGGCCCCAGAGCGUGAUCGAGGCGCCGGCGAGCGACGUGCAGGAAAUGACGGUCUACCAGCCGGCCGAGCAGCCGAUUUAUCAGGUGAACACGAUCGACUUGACUACCUCGACCACCAUCUACAGCCACCAUCAUCAGACGCAGCAGCAGCCGCAGCAACAGCCCGCCGCGGCCGCCGGUAUUAUUUACGAGUCUAGCGCGACCAUCGUGCCGACGGGCAGCGUCUUCAUACCUCUGUCACCGGUGCAAGAGAUCCUGCUGACGUACAGCACGUCCGCUAUACCGUGCACGCCGAUAGUCGCUUCGCAGCCGCAGCAUCAGCUGCCGCAACAGCCGCCGCAGCCAUUGCAACAGCAGCCGCAGAUACAACAACAGCCGUUGCAGCAGCAGCAGCAGCAGCAGCAGCAGCAGCAGCAGCAGCAGCAGCAGCAACAAAUUGAAGCGGCGCCGCCGCUGACACCGCCGACCUCCGAAUGCAGCAGUGAUAUCGAAAACAGUAAUCCGAAUUCGCAGCCGACGCAGAAGGACAAGGAGGUGCAGACCAGCACUGAGCAGGCGGAAGGAGUGAAAACGGCCAGCUACACCUACGACACGUUACUGGUGUCGGACGGCAGGUCGAAAAAUAAGAAGGCGCCCGUCGCGAAAAAGAAUCAGGAGAACGAGCCGGUCGAGGCACCCGAGGCCACCAAGGUCGGUCGUUACGUGUGCUGCGAGUGUGGCAAGCAAUACGCGACCUCGUCGAACCUGUCGCGGCACAAGCAGACGCAUCGCAGCAUCGACUCGCAAUCGGCCAAGAAGUGCAUCCACUGCGGCAAGGCGUACGUCAGCAUGCCCGCCCUAGCGAUGCACGUUUUGACGCACAAGCUGACGCACAGUUGCGGGAUCUGCGGCAAGAUGUUCUCACGGCCCUGGUUGCUUCAGGGUCAUCUGCGUAGUCACACCGGCGAGAAGCCCUACGGAUGCGCUCACUGCGGCAAGGCGUUCGCCGAUCGCUCGAAUCUGCGGGCGCACAUGCAGACGCAUUCGGCCGACAAAAACUACGAGUGCCCGACGUGUCACAAGUCGUUCGCCCUCAAGUCGUACUUGAACAAGCAUCUGGAAUCGGCGUGCAUGCGCGAGCCGAACGAAGGCAGCAACGACGUCGACGCGCCGUCAUAAUGCCGGGACCAGGAUGUCGAUGCACCGACAGAGCGACGAGUGGCAACGAUCAGCCGGUCGUGCACGACGUAAAUAGAAGAUCGCAGCGGCGUCAUCAUGCUGACCGGCAGUGUAAAAAAAAGUAGCAUGCUGCACAGAUAGAUACACACUUUUGCACGCUCAUGGACCAGAAGGUAAAAAAAACAAAAAAAACAAAAAAAACGAGGAAGAAGAACACUCGCGAAAAGCCGCUGCAGGCCUCUCAUCGCCGUGCGGAUGCGAUUGAUUUCGAUUGUUUCGCACGGAAUUCGAGUCGAUCGAGUCUAUCGUUGCACUCGACAACGGCAGCAAGCCCUCACGUUCCUUUUGUCUCUUCGGCGAGCUCGAAAAAACUCGCGCUUACAAAGCUCGGAUAGUUUAACACCAAUUUUCGGAUCUCGGCCGUGGAAUGAAGUGUUGCGCGAGUGUUGCUUUUUAAAUAUAUAUUACCUUUCUCAUUCCAACUAUUUGAUUAAAUAUCGACAUUUCUCGAAGACCUCAAUUCGGCAAAUUGAAUCUUAUUUCGGAUGGAUCUAUAUUUUAUUUUUGCUCCUUCGAUUCACCAAAAUUUAUUUUCUUUUUCUCGUCAAAGUUUACGCGUUUUUUUUUUUUUCGCGGAGAAAAUGUCAACACACGCGCGCACACAAAGCGGUUAAUUUGUGAUCCGAUUAUCUAAAUUUAUUGGAAUAGAAAUACCAUUCUAAAUUUAUUGACGGAGUAUUAUUCUGAAUGAGCGUACAAGCGAAAUGACGAAAGAACAUAACGAGCGGCGAAGCGGUGAGCUUCGAUUAAUCAAUAGAAAUUUUAAGUCGAAAUCACAGAACAGGCUAAUGACUCGCUGUCGCUGUUGAGAAGAGCCUCGGCUCUUUUAUGCAUCAUGGACGACGAUCAGACGUCGAAUCUCCGGUAACAUCCAAUUUCAACGGGUAUCUCUCGGUAAGCGCAAAGUAAUUCGAUUUACUCGUCGUCUUAAACUCGCGGAGGGCGAAAAUCUCGGCAACGAGGACGAGAAGGUAAUUGACAUAUCGGCGUCUCUAGAUCUCGCGCGCGCACGUCUCUUUCCUCUCGCGGGAAGAAGUUUCUCUGAAUAUUUCACCGCUCCUUUUCGCUCCGAGCGCAUUUGUGCUAUUUCCAGAAUCAUUUUUCGUAUCCUCCCUCUCUCUCUCUCUCUCUCUUCCUCUCUUUGAGACGUUGAGAGAUUGAGCUUCGCUCUCCUUUCGGGAGGAAUUACCGCGUUAAUUUUUGACGAACAACAACUCUUGCUAAUAACACGAACAGCUAAUUGGAUGAAGAUGGUACGUGAAGAUAAAUACGAGUGUGAGAUGAAGGGAGGAAUAUUUUUAAGGAACGAUCGUCUAUGUCAGUGCUGUCAAACUCGGUUCUUACGUAAAGUAGCUUAAAAGAUGAAGUAAAUUGAGAGGGCCGCACCUUUAACGAAUUAUUACACAAGCACUUUUCAUCGUUCGCGAAGUUUCACUGGAUGAGGAGUGCACUUAAUGCGUUUCGAAAUCACUUUUUUUUUUUUCACCGUACCACUUUUAUCCACUAAUAGACGAUUUCGAUGUGGCGUCGGUUGAACUUCAAUUCUAAUUUAACCGAUCCUUUGUACGCUCUCUUAGAACUAGGACUAGAAUGGAACAAAGAAUCGAUUAAACUGAAGUUAAAGUUAAUCAACUCCGGCGAAGUCGACUAUUAGUUUUUCAAUCGUCACCGGCGAAGAGCGACCACUUCCCGGUGAAGUUCCGCAUAAAACGAACUCAAAUCUCUCCGCGAAAUGGUCCUUUGGACUGUUCUCAAAGUAUUAGCAUACACGUUUUGAAACUCGCACGACUAUUGUAAUGCAUAGAGAGAAAGAGAGAGAGAGAGAGAGAGAGAGAAAGAGAAAGAGAAACUUUUUUUCCACGGAAGCGAGAUGAUCUGCAUUUCGAUUCACUAGUCAUUUUAGUAAGUCUAAUCCGUGAAGAUGCUCCGACAUAAAAUGAUAUCAAUAUUUCACUAUGUUUGGGCGUCUUCUUGCUGGGAAGAUCGAUACGAUGGCAUCCCGAGAUGCGCCUCACUUCGUGAAUUCGCAAAAAAACGACGAGUCGAGAUACUCCCGGAAUGAGCAGCGAUAAAGUCGAUCGCAGACGAAAGUGCAAUACAUUUCUUACGUAGCUUAAGAGUCGCUUUUUUCAUUCAUCCUUGCUCGACGCGGUAAAGAGAGUUCGCUCGUUGUCCGCUUCUAAGAUAAGAUGGUUUUUAAUCUCGCGAACGGAGUCGAUCUCUGUUGAUCUCACUUACUGAAAAAAUAAUCUCAUAAUUAUAAUUAGGAACUGACGAUAUGUUUUACGUUAGUGCGAAAAAAACGAGGUGCUAGUCUGUCUUUGUUCAAGGCGUAUUCCGCGCACGGCGAACCGCAGCGUGCGAGCAGUCUUUCGCGCAUUGUCCUUUGCGAAAGCGCACCUGCGCGAUUUUUGCCGGCAUCCUUAGUGUAAUACACGCGGGGUGCUCGUGGAAAGUUUUCAUCAACAUUUCACGUAAACUGGACCACCUGUUGAAUGCAGAAAUGACCAUUCGGUGGCAAAAGGGUCGGUCGUACUACUCCCCUGAAUUAUGGAACACAUCAUUUCCUCGGUUGUUAAAAGCGCGAACAAGAUCGCGGUCAAUUGCAACAUUUUGCCGAAACUUUAUCGAUUCUUUUUUUCGCAUUCGCGUAAGUUACAUCUCGAACCGCUAAGGAUUCCGCAAUUUCUCUAGCCGGGUGAAUAGCAUCGUGUAUGCCGCAUCAACGUUCUUAGAUUCGAUCAUUUCUGAGACAUCAAUUGCGUGCUUUAUUUUGAUUCGAACUUUACAAUACUUCAUAUAUGAAGUUACGAGAUUACUUUUUUUUUAACGAGUUCCUUACUUAUCGUUUACAUUAUUACCAAAGUUCCUACAAAGUUUUAUAUAAAAUUUAUUAUUUAUACAAUUAAUUAAUUAGUUUAUUAUAUAUUAUUUACAUGCAUAGAACUUAAGAAAAAUCGAAUAACGCAUCAGGCGAAAAAAUUGUUGCUCAAUUUAUUUACUUCGCGAAGUUGAUUCGCUGCAUCUAGUCAUAUUUUUAUUUUACGACGGAGUCGGACAGGAUUUGCUUUACGACGUCGACUGUCGAGAGCAAGACAAGAUCUUUCAGCAAUAUGAUAAAAAGUCGUGUGUAACGAGUGUAUAUAUAGUGCGACACGCUGAAGCUGGACAUACCGAGCAAAUUAUUCCGUCGCUUGUGAACGAUAUUUCUUAUUUAUUUUAGCGCGACAGAGUUUCGCGCAAGGAGAAUGAAAAAAGUGAAUUGCAUUCUGUAGAAUGGUGCAAUUCGUAAUGUCAUACCAAAGAUAUGACCAAAGAGAACAGAAGAGCACUAGGGUGGAAUUAAAAGGAGAAGAAAAAGUACUUACGAUCUAGUCAACAAGUUGCGCUUGAAUUACAUCCCUUUUAUCUUAGUUGCCUAAGGCGGUUGCAUGUACAAUUGAAGAGGAAGCGACGCUUAUUUUCUCGUCGUAUAUACUUUACUUUCACCCCUGUACCCGUCUAGAGCGUUUCUAGUGUAACUUAGAGAUAUUUUGGUAUGGGAAAUUUUACGAGUGUAAAAUAGUGAAAGGGAUUAAUUGAGUGUAAUUAAUUAAACGUACGAUAGUAUGCAGUAUUGUUAAUG